AUGUUCAUACCGAAAGAUGGGAGCACACACACACAUCGUAGACAAAAGUUGUGGAAAAUAUAUUUGUGUGUGUGUGUAUGUGUGUGGUCCGUUGCUGUUGCUGGAGCGUCGUGUUGA